AUGCCUUGGGAGCUUUCGAUGAAUACUCCAUGGGACGCAUGCAAAAGGCUCAGGACCAACAAGAUUGACUUGCAUGGACCACUGCCUCCCGUGCCAGUAACUGCAAAGGUUUUUCACUCAGAAUGUGCUGCAACUGAGAUCCUUUCUUUCAAACAGAUCGGAGUCAAAGCUGCCAAACAUGCUGAUGAUCGUUUGUGGUCAGACAAACUGUCGUGGGAGCGCAAGUGUGCUUACAAAAAGUGGGUUAGCAUCAUCUUGAGACAGGUUGGAGCUUUUGACAUCGCCAGACAACAGGCUACUUGUCAUACCAUGGAAUUUGCGCGUGGAGGUUUAUUGGAGUCGGUGAAAGACUCGUUAGGCACCAAGGCUUCAUCGACCCUUCACUCGAGGGCAGGACCCAUUUUGCAGUACAUUCAAUUUUGUGAAGACAGAGGGUUGCAAGCUUUUCCAUUGAUUGAGCCGGUGGUUUAUGACUACGUCAAAUCAUGUGAAACAAAGGCUGCAACCUAUGCCAGGUCCUUUCUUUUGGCGUUGAGUUUUACAAAUUUUCAUUUUGGACUCACUGGGACGCUGUCCAUCAUGAGCUCUGGCCGCAUCCGUGGCCUGGUCAACACUCUGUACGCCAAGAAGAGAAAACUGACACAAAGACCGCCAUUGUCAGCAGCUCAGAUUGUGCACCUCGAAGACAUAGUUUUGGAUGGUCGCAGGACCGAAUUUGAUCGGAAAGCUUGUGGAUUUUUCCUUUUCAUUUUGAUGGGCAGACUGAGAUUCAGUGAUGGACAACAAGUGUGUCAACUCAAGCUGGAUCAACAACCCGAUGGUUUUGGUUUCGUAGAAGCAGUGGCAGCCAAAACCAAGACUUCCGUCAGCCUGGAAAGGAAAACACGUCACCUGCCGGUGGCCGUUCCUCUUCUGCCAUUUGGUGACAGGCAAUGGUUGCCUGCGUGGUUGGUGCUUCGAAAGAAAGUCUUUGGAGAUGCGGCAAACAGCAAGGAUGAGUUUAUUCCUCUUUUACCUGCACCAGCUGCCAAUGGAGCCUGGUCCAGAAUUCCGUGGACAGUCACUUCAGGAGCUAACUGGCUGCGUAGCCUGCUUCAGGGCACCAUGGAGCAGGGAACUCCCAUUGGGACACAUAGCCUCAAGGCUACAGAGCAUGCUGUGCUACUCAAGGGUCGGGGCGUUUUCCCCAUCGUGAACCAGGGCAUGAAGUUGCAGAAGAAGAGGAUUUCUCGAUGCAUCCACAUCAUGGCCGAUGAAGAGAUUGGAUUUGAGUCAGAUGUGAUAGAACAGAUCACCAAUCAUGGGCUGGACACCAUGGCAAAAUUUGCCUUUGCAUGUCAUUUCUCACCUGGAAGUGCGGAUGAGUCGCCCCUGAUCCAGCUAGCAAAGGAGAUAAUGAGUGUCAACAUUUCAGGACCCUACGAACCUGGAGAUGCAUUAGUAGACCGUUGCAUAGCAAUGUAUGAUGCUGACCGCAUUCAGUUCAUUCCAUGGGACGUUUGCACCAGCCGAGAACAUGAGAUAUUGCAAGGAUCGAAGAAAGACCAAACUCUGACUUUUGAUUCAACAGGUGUCCUCAAGCUCCACAAGCAGUCCCGUGUUGAGCCAUGCAGCAUUGCUUCAGAGAUCCAGGUACGUUAUUGCCUGACCCGUAGAGCGCUGGCCUUGGAACAAGCCAACAUAGUCUGCUUCAAAAACAUGGAAUCAUGGUCAGAGAAGAUGAUGCAAUCGCGUUUGGAUGAGCCUCCACCAAACUACAUCAAAACAACCAUGAAACAGCGGGAGUCCGCUGACAGAAAACUUUUUCUUCUCAUUAGUGAAAAGACGAGAGAGGGCAUCAAGUGCAAGGCCAAAGGACGUCCAGUUGACGACAUCUUCAAAGAGCGCAUGGAAAGUUCAGAGGUGAUUUCAUUGUUGCAACCACGUCCUGGAGGUAGCAGUGGCGGGCCCAGAACGGCAGAUGCCAUGGACAGCAUCCAGCAGUUGAAUGCUCUCGCGCAAAACGGGCAUCCCACUCCACAGCCGCUGCGUUCCACAGAGCAGCAAAUUGGGAAAAAGCUCACCUCAUUUUUGCGCAAUCAUCGUGAAUUCAGCAAGCUCGAGCUUUACUGUGAUGGCCAACACGAGCAUCAACCUUGGGGCAUUGCGGAGGACGGACGCAUUGCUAUCCUGACAGACUGGGCAAAACGUGCAAAAGCGCUGAGUGACCUGGAGACUCAAUUGAAGUCCAACAUGAAUCCCAACGUGGCAAAGAUUAUUGCACCAAAACGCAUCUUACUCAUGAGAUUCAUUGCAACUGACCUGACCUUGCUUUAUUUGACGAAUUGGUGGUUUGGCGUGCUUCAAAAAGACAAGCUUCGUCCUAUCGACGACUUCAAGGAGAACCAAGUGAACAAAACGUUUGCCAGCUCUGAGAAGCUGGAGUUGAGAACCACGGACCACACUUUGUGGUCCCUCUUCACCGUCCUGAAGUUUCUGUUGUUUGAUGGACGUUUGGAUUUUGUGCUCAGUUCAGGGGAACAUUUAUGUGCCGAAGUUCACCCAGCCUGGAAAAGCAUUGAGCCAAACUUCAAGACCUCCUGCAUCGAUCUCAAGUCGGCAUAUAAGCAACUUCCGCUGAAUGAAGACAACUACAAGGACUCAGUUGUAACUAUUUGGAACCCCGACAAGAAGUGCGUUGAAUGUUUUGUUAUGAAAGUGCUCCCAUUUGGAGCUGCAGCAAGCGUGCAUCAUUUCUUGCGCGUGAGCACUUUCCUACAAGCUGUGGGAAGGUACAUGGGUUUACUUUGGUCGGCUUUCUUUGAUGACUUUGUCUUGCUCAGUCAUGCAAUGCACGAAUCCAGCACUAUGACAUCAGCUCUUAGUCUUUUUGAUGUUUUGGGUUUUCAAUACAGCAAUGACAAGCUGCAACCUUUCAAAGGCAAAACUGAAAUGAUGGGAGUCGAACUCGACUUGUUGGAUGCGAAGACUGGCACAAUCAAAGUAAGAAACAAAGCCUCACGAUCGAGCGAGCUGUGUGAAGUUUUGGAACGAAUCUUGAAACAGAAGAAAGUGGUAGUCAAAGAGACAAUUGGCAUCAGUCCCAAAACCAAACCCUUCUUGCUGUUCACAGAUGGCGCCCUGGAAUAUGACGAAUGGAGUAAACCCAUUGCAGGCAUUGGAGCUGUACUCAUGUGCCCCAACAAUGCCAAUUUCGUUUUUGGAACAAAGGUCACAAGUGACAUUUUGAAUCUUUGGCAAGUUGAUGGCAAAACGCACGUUGUGGGGUUAGUGGAACUAUACGCCUCCGUCACUGCUUUCAAAACUUGGGCGAACAUCCUCAAAGGUCAACGCGUCAUUUGCUUUACCGACAGCUGGCCGGUCCUCGACGUGCUGGUGAAAGGAAAUUCGCCCAUUGCUGAAUGGCGAGACCUCCUUCUGAUUUUUGAAACUCUGGACGAACAAAUUGAUGCAAUGCUUUGGGUGGCGCGCGUUGCUUCCAAGUCAGAUCCAGCCGAUGCACCCAGCAGGUUUUCUUUGAAAGAACUGAGUUUUCUCAAUGAGCUUGAAAUUUCAAAAGCUAUUUGUCCCAUCACUGGUAACCCUCUCGAAUCAUUUGUAGCGUGA